UGUAUCAGUCUAGUUACCCCUUAGAGACCAAACGCAGAUGAAUGAGACAGAUUUGGAAGAAACACGCACGGCCACCUCGCUUUAAUCACGUCCAGUUUCUCCGACACUUCCAGAGAAGUGUAAAUGGGCAGACUAGAGACGCCCAGUGAGUGCAUGAAGGCGACUUGACAGUGCAGACGAGCGCACGUCGCUUAAGCCACACAUAAUAAUAGCCUACUGGUUGCGAUUUUUGAAUUGGAUUUCAACAGUUUUACAACCUAUCUCACCGUUGAGAUAUUGUUAUUGUUUUCCAAGCCUUUUUUAAAAAAAUUCACAGACGAUAUGGACACCAUAUUGGACACCUUCGCUUCGGACAAACUUUUUCCCAAUUCCAACCUGUUGGACCUAGAAGAUCUGAAUGAGAGUGAUUUCUUAUCCAAUGUGACCCUAAUGACAGAGACACACUCUUCAAGUACUUCCAAGAUCUUCUGGAAUUCUUCCUCAGAGGAGCCUUCCAGAUGUGGAAUUUCAGGACUCUUGCAUCAGCACCCCAGCAUUGCAUCAUUACCAUUGGCCCCUCAUUUCUCCGAGCAGAUGGAGGAUUUCUCCAAUGACCUUUUCAGCAGUUUCUUUGAUGAUCAUCUGUUGGCGGAGAGGAACCCAUUGUUGGAUAUGGAUCUGGACCCUCCAAACCCUGACAUCCAGGCAGAACACAGCUACUCUCUCAGUGGGGACUCUGCCCCACAGAGCCCCUCUAUGCCCAUCAAAUCAGAUGACGAUGCAGACUCAGAAGGGAUGUGGUCAUUCAGUCAGGAUCUCACAGCCAUUCUAGUGAAGCAGGAGCCCAGCCUGAUGUCAGAAAACUGUCCUGAUACAUCGCCCCCUCUGGCCAACACCAGCACCUACUCCCAUCCCCUCACUCUUGCCCCUCCGCCACAGAGAAACCAUGCCGGGGAAAAGAGUUCCAAAGGCCUGAGCUCAAACUCUGUUCCUGCCAUCAAAGCAGAGCCCAGAGAGGUGAACCAGUUCCUCAGUGUGCCCUCAGAUGAGCAUCUGCGGUUGCCGCCCACUCCUCCCAGCAGCCAUGGCAGCGACAGCGACGGAUCCCAGAGCCCACAUUCACUGCCACCAUUAAGCCCUGGCCACCUGCAGAGCCCACAUUCACUGCCUCCGUCCAGCCCUGCCCGGCUACAGGCCCGAACCUCCACAGCCAUCUCCUCGUCCCCUCUCCUCACCGCCCCACAUAAGCUGCAGGGAACAUCAGGCCCUUUGAUGCUGACAGAGGAAGAGAAGAGGACUUUGAUCGCUGAGGGAUAUCCUGUCCCCAACAAACUCCCGCUCACCAAAACUGAGGAGAAAGCCCUCAAACGGGUGCGCAGGAAAAUCAAAAACAAGAUCUCUGCACAAGAAAGCCGCAGGAAGAAGAAGGAAUACGUAGAGUGUUUGGAGAAAAAAGUUGAGAACUAUACUUCAGAGAACAAUGAACUGUGGAAAAAGGUAGAGACGCUCGAGAAUGCCAACAGGUCUCUAUUACAACAGCUACAAAGACUUCAGGCUCUAGUGAGUGGAAAAGUGCCUCGGUCCUGCAAAAUUGCUUCCACGCAGACCGGAACCUGUCUCAUGGUGGUGGCGCUGUGUUUUGUGUUGGUGUUGGGCUCGCUGGCUCCCUGCCUGCCCGAGCUCUCCCUCUACUCUUCCUCCUUAUCCUCAUCAUCCUCACACACGGUGAAGUCUGCACCGCUGCCCUCAGGUGACCUCUACACCACCAGCCAGGUCCGCUCCCGCAGCCUGCUCUUCUAUGACGAGGGUGCCCCAGUGGAGGACGGCCACAGGGGCGUGCUGAGUGUGGAGAGGAUGGAGGGGGUGCCGCGACAUGUACAGGACCUGAAAGACAGCCAUGAGCAGGAUCAUUCUGCUCUUGUGAGCAGGUACUUGAGCCAGGCCCAGCCAGAGCCUGCAAACUACAGCAACACAUCCGCGGCCCCACUCCGUCCCCCAGAACCACACUACCACUCCAGAAAGCGGGAUCCUGAAGGAGGAGCAGAAUAUUUUUAACCCCUCUGGGUGGAGCUGCCUCAUCACACAGACGUCCCAUGAUCCUGCACUACUCGGCCCUUGACCCUGACCGUUACAGACCCUGAGUCACCUGACCCAACCCUAACGAACCAACAAGCCUCAUGACCACGAUCCAACCCACUUGACAUGCAUUCCAAUGACAUUCAGCCCCAGAACUGUGAGAAGAGAAAUGGGUCCAUCCAUACACUGAAACUCCCCUUUACCAGCAAGCACUGAGUUUAAGGACUAAGAGAGAGAAGAGAGGAUGUGGGCGGUUGUAGAUGCUGCUCUGUUUUAGAUGGAUGUGACCCUGCAGCUCUAAAUUCACUAAACACUUCACACACAGGGUGUGGGAGGGAAAGUUCAUGAGUGUUUGCUUUGAUUUUCUUAAAAUGCCAUGAGACUGUCCAUUUACUACAUAUCCCUACUUAAACCCCAAAGAACUUAUUUUUUCUUCUUAUGACUUCUUUUUAAAUCUCUGAAUGUUUUCCAGUGGGUGUAAUCACAGGUGCCUGACGUACUUUGCGGUUUUGCAAAGCUUGCUUUGACAGGAUUUUCUUCCUCUGCCAUCUUGGCUUGUUUCUCCCUAAUAAGUUUAAGCUGGAUUGCACUUGUUUUGCACUAGGAAAACUAAUUGAUUUAAGUGCCUUCGCGUUCUUUUUCAUUGUGUCAUAUUUAAAAAGCUCCUAACCGCAUAGUUCCCUCCUAAACCUCUUUUACUCUGCUUACUUUUAUUAAUGCAUUUUAUUUUUGUUUUCUACUUUUAAAAGGCAGAGGCUUUUGUACUGAAUUACAAAGUUUAUCCAUAAUAUAUUCUAGUAUUUGCAGCAUCCAAAAAAGAGCAUAUUUAUUUUAUGCAAAAAAAAAAAUUAUGAAAGUUAUUGUGUUUGUUUAAAUGAAAGAUGAUGUAAAGUUUACAUGAUCUUGUUGUCAUAACUGUUAAACAGUUUUUUUCUGUUAUCUUUUUUUCUAUGUAAAGAAAGUUUUGUAUAUAGAGAAAAAUGAACAGGGACGAUCAAAUCCUGUGUGUGUUUAACCAUGUUCAGUCUCUGAAGAAUUCUGCACAAUCCACAUGAAUCCAUUAAAAAACAUUGGCUAUAAUGGAUACAAAGUGAAAACAAACAGUUACUCCCAUUAUGAAUAGUGAACCUCUUUACAAAUUAAUGUUAUUUAAACACAUUUUUCUGAUUAUGGAAUGCUUCUUUUUAAUGUUAGUCUAGACUGUCUAUAUUCUGUUCAUGAGCGAACUAUUUGACCACUGUAAAAUUCACCGCAUAUCUGGGACUUGAUGGUGCAGUUGUGUAAAUAUGCUUUACAAAAGUCUUUUUUUUUUCUUAAAGGAGAGAAUUUUUUGUUAU